GGCGCAGAGCAGCGGCGGCAGCGGCGGCGGCGGCAGCAGCCACCCGAUGUCUUCGGCGCCCGAGAAGCAGCAGCCACCGCACGGCGGCGGCGGCGGCAGUGGCGGCGGCGGGGGAGGCGGCGCGGCCAUGGACCCCGCGUCGUCCGGCCCGUCCAAGGCCAAGAAGACCAACGCCGGCAUCCGGCGCCCGGAGAAGCCGCCCUACUCCUACAUCGCGCUCAUCGUCAUGGCCAUCCAGAGUUCACCCACCAAGCGCCUGACGCUGAGCGAGAUCUACCAGUUCCUGCAGAGCCGCUUCCCCUUCUUCCGCGGCUCCUACCAGGGCUGGAAGAACUCCGUGCGCCACAACCUCUCGCUCAACGAGUGCUUCAUCAAGCUACCCAAGGGCCUUGGGCGGCCCGGCAAGGGCCACUACUGGACCAUCGAUCCGGCCAGCGAGUUCAUGUUCGAGGAGGGCUCCUUUCGGCGGCGGCCGCGCGGCUUCCGAAGGAAAUGCCAGGCGCUCAAGCCCAUGUACAGCAUGAUGAACGGGCUCGGCUUCAACCACCUCCCGGACACCUACGGCUUCCAGGGCUCGGCCGGCGGCCUCUCGUGCCCGCCCAACAGCCUGGCGCUGGAGGGGGGCCUGGGCAUGAUGAACGGCCACUUGCCGGGCAACGUGGACGGCAUGGCCCUGCCCAGCCACUCGGUGCCCCACCUGCCCUCCAACGGCGGCCACUCGUACAUGGGCAGCUGCGGCGGCGCGGCGGCCGGCGAGUACCCGCACCACGACAGCUCGGUGCCCGCCUCCCCGCUGCUGCCCACCGGCGCCGGCGGGGUCAUGGAGCCACACGCCGUCUACUCGGGCUCGGCGGCGGCCUGGCCGCCCUCAGCCUCCGCGGCGCUCAACAGCGGCGCCUCUUACAUCAAGCAGCAGCCCCUGUCCCCCUGUAACCCCGCGGCCAACCCCCUGUCCGGCAGCCUCUCCACGCACUCCCUGGAGCAGCCGUAUCUGCACCAGAACAGCCACAACGCCCCAGCCGAACUGCAAGGCAUCCCGCGGUAUCACUCGCAGUCGCCCAGCAUGUGUGACCGAAAGGAGUUUGUCUUCUCUUUCAACGCCAUGGCGUCCUCUUCCAUGCACUCGGCCGGCGGGGGCUCCUACUACCACCAGCAGGUCACCUACCAAGACAUCAAGCCUUGCGUGAUGUGAGGCUGCCGCCGCAGGCCCUCCUGGUGCAGGCAGGCGGGUCACAGGGACCCUGGACCGGCACAAGAAACUGCUUUAUUCUCGAGGUAUAACCGUCGGCAGAAGAAAAGGGUUCCACCUCUCCCCACCCGGAGUUUUUGGCAAGGAAUCCCCAACGCAAAGACACAGCGCUGCGGUUGGCACCUCCUUCCUCACUCCCUCAAAAUUGUUAAGAAAUGGUAGUGGUGGGUCUGAUCCGACUGCAGCCAUCGGCAAAUAAAAGUUUUUGAUCCUGUUGAACCCGCCUGAGACGGUGCUGUGCAGGGGAAAGCCUUCCUCAUCCACACAGGAAUUCUGCUGAGGUUCCCCCCUCCUUCCGGCCAAUGGCAGAAGUGGGGGAAGAUUUUUAGAAGAAAAGCAAACAUGUGAGACCAGUCAUUAUCAAAUACUUUUAUUUUUUGGUUGAGUAUUUAUCUUUUUAUUUUUUAUUUUUUGAAAGAAUGUCUUGGAAUGCGCAAGUCUCCCUUUAGAGCCGUCUUUUGCGGGGAGCGGGAGAUGACAAGAGCUCAGAUCUCCCUCCCGAUCUCCCUCCGCACCUCCGAAGUCUCCUCCGUGGACCACAGGUGGAUCUUUGUGCGAACAACUUGCAUUUCGGAAGCCACUGUCCGUCUUUAAACAGAAAGUCGAAGGAGCCACGAAGCAAGCGGCCGUCCGGGCGUCCGCCUCCGACCCCUUCCAUGUUCCUCUUCUUCCUUCGCUUCAGCCUCUUCUGUUAUGUUUUGUCUUGAGUUUUAUUUAGACUUUUUCAGUGGGUAUUUUUCUGUCUCCCAACCUCUACUGUAAACUUUCUGGUCCGAGAACGAGCCGAACACAGCGCGACGCAGGGACUAGGAUGGCCCGGUGACCGCGCGGAUUCAGGAUUGCGGGGACGCAGAAAGGUUAAGGCACUUUUAAAAACUAUAGCAAGGCUCCUGUUUAUUUAUUCUACUUUCUUUCCCUAAUAAUCAAAACACCGCGUAGGCUCCUCCGUUUAUCAGUAUUAAUGGUGUAACUUUGUUGGCAAUAUUUGCCGUGUAGAAUUUUUUUUAGAUAUCCAUUGUAAAUUUGAAACAAAGACCGAUCUGUGUAAAAACAAAUUUCCAUAUGUUUUAUAUAAAUAUAUAUAUAAUAUGAAGGACUACCCUCCUCUCCUUUUUUUUUUUUUUGUUUUUAGUAUUUUGGCUGCUAGAGUGCAGCAUUUGUGACACGUAUUUGAAAUUUGACAUUUUCUUCUGCACUGUAUAAAAGGACCAUUUGAGGAUGUUUUGCCUUUUGUGUAUUUUUUCCUAAAAAAAGAACAAAAAUAAAAAUGUAUAACAUUUGUA